AUGGCGGCGGCGAUCACGGUGAGGCGGUCGACCAUGGUGCGCCCGGCGGCGGAGCGGCCGCGGGAGAGGCUCUGGAACUCCAACCUCGACCUCGUGGUCCCGCGCUUCCACACGCCCAGCGUCUACUUCUACCGCCGCCCCGACUCCGGCGCCGACGCCGGAGACGGCUCCUUCUUCGACGCUGACCGGAUGCGGCGCGCGCUGGCGGACGCGCUCGUGCCCUUCUACCCGAUGGCGGGGCGGCUGGUGCGGGACGAGGACGGCAGGGUCGAGAUCGGGACGAGGAGAAGGGGGCGUGCAGGAGUUGAUUGCUUUUUUUUGGUUCUUUUUAGGGUUCUAGAUGCAAAGUUUGGAAACUGGGUUGUAUUUUUUCAUUUGGGUCCUGUAAUAACAAUGAUUUAUAAUAACUGA